CUCAACAACACCAACCCCAGCCAACACAGCCGACAUCUCAGUGCAUUUUCUCUCUCCUCUAUUCCUCCGUCUCCUCGUCACCUUCUAGCAUCCCUAGACCUUUUCUACAGCUGUAUACCACAACGCACGUGAUAUCACAUGAACCUCCCGAGCCUACCGCAACCAUGAGUAUGACCAGGAAGCCCCCCAGUGCGUACAGUGGAGGCUACAGUGAUGCCAUGAGAGCGCGGAUCAACAACACUAUCCUUCCGGACAAGGUCAAAUGUGCCAGUUGCAAGAAGAUCCGUCUUGUGGAAACCUACUCCAAGCGUCAGCAGGAGAUAAUUCGUCAUGCCGUCGUGCUUCGCGGUAACCGAGUCGCCACUGAUGGUUGUGAUGCGCGCUGCCGCAACUGCGUUGGCGGUUCCAUCGUCGAGCUCAAGUGUUCCAGCUGCGACAAGACUAAGACUCUGGAGCACUUUGCGAAGAAUCAGCGUGGGGAUCGUGAUACUGUUAGAUGCCUCAACUGUGUUCAGAACAUCCUAGACGUGGACCCGAUGCAGGGAAGACAGCGUCAGUUCUCGGACAAUGCCACGGCUUCGAUCGGCGAUACCGCAAGUGUGAGUAUCGAAGGGAUUUCAAGUACAGCUCUUAGCUGCGUUGCAUGGUUGACACAAUCACAGAGCCAGGCUGAGCUUACCUCUAUGACUGAGUCGACCGGGAAGAUGAACGUUGGUGAUAACCACUCCGCCUCGUACGAAGGCUUCGAAGAUGGAAACCCUGGGGAGAAUGAUGGCACCGAGAACUGGAGCGAGUCUCGCCGCAAGGAUGAGAACUCUCUGGUUACCAUCAAUGAUCGCCAGUACUUCGGACACGGCCCCGGGGGUGACGGCUUCCGGACUGCCACUCUCAACAAGAAAGUCCCUGACACUCGUUAUGAAGAUUACUUCCACAAUGUGCCUGAGGUGGCUCAGCCCGAAGGAAGCACCUCCAAGUGGGUUAGAGUCCCUGGCAGGCGCGUCCCUCGGGGCAGAGAGCCUUCCAUGCGUGUCCCUGAGCCACUUGGCGAGGAAGUGCCCUCUGAUGAGGACGAGACCCCGGAGGAACCCCAGAACUUCAUGUGAAAGGUCUUCAAUACAAUGCAUGGGUGAAAUACACGUACCUGUACAAAAAGGUUACCAGUCGCCCGGAAAAGCUUUUUUCACCAUUCUACGAAAGUCCCUCUUCCGGCCGACGGGUAUCUUGGUAUGCCUCUAAUUUUACUUCCCUUCACUUCAAGGCACAGGUGAAGUCGAUGUGCAGUCAACACGCGUUGUGAGAAACGAUGUUGUCGAGCUUUUGUGCGAUGGCUUUUG